CCAAACACUACAAAAUUAAAAAUAUAAUUUUCUUGUGUUGGAAUCGGACGGGAUUGAGGGCGGCGAGGACGAGGACGAUUCAAUGGGAAGCCAUUGCUGUCUGCCCCGCGCUUCUCUGCUCCUCGCUUCCAUUCCUUACUCGAUUCCGACCAGGAGGCUCGGUUUCUCUUAUUCCGCUGCCCGCCGUUAUGCUGCCUCGUCGUCCCAUACUAUACGCACCACCGAGUUCACUUGGGACGACGUGCUUUGCGUCUCCGGAGCUCGGACGCAUCGCUCGUCUGACCUCAGAGGAUUUUUCGAGAAAGUGUCGAUCUGCAAUCGCAACUCUGAUAUGGUAUGUGAGUUCAUACCUUUCGUGAUUGAAGGACGGAUUGUGGGCUAUGUUCACAACGGAUUUGCUCAUCAUCUGAGAAGAUAUAAUGAUGUAUUCAUAUUUCCAAAAGACAAUUCUUACGGAACCAAUUUUGGAUGCUACCUAACAUUGCAUCCUGCGCUAAAGGCCCCUGAGGACAGGACAGAAGCUAUUGGAAACAUAAUCAAAUCCUGGGGUGAAGAACUUAUUCCUGGAAUUCGAAAUGAGCUCUAUCCUGUUAUGUCUUCUUUUGGGAAACCUGAAAUUUUCUCCCUCGAACGUGCAGCAGCUCCAUAUUUUGGAAUAAAGGCUUAUGGAGUUCACAUGAAUGGCUAUGUUGAAAAAGAUGGCAUUAAAUAUCUGUGGGUUGGGAAACGAAGUAAAGAAAAGCAAACUUAUCCUGGGAAGCUCGAUCAUUUGGUUGCUGGAGGCCAGCCGCGUGGGAUCCCUUGUGGGGAAAAUCUUGUGAAAGAAUGUGAAGAAGAAGCUGGGAUUCCGAGAUCAAUUUCCAGCAAAGCCACAGCAGCUGGAGCCAUAUCGUACUCGGACAUUGAUGGGCAUAGAUUCAAGAGGGAUGUUCUCUUUUGCUAUGAUCUUAAGCUUCCCGAGGACUUCAUUCCCUUUAAUGAGGAUGGAGAGGUGGAAAGCUUUAAGUUAAUCCCUGUAACCCAAGUUGCAGAUAUCAUAAGGAACACAGAUUUCUUCAAGCCAAAUUGCGGUUUAGUCAUUAUUGAUUUUUUGUUUCGCCAUGGGUAUAUAAAUCCAGAAGAGUUGGGAUAUCUGGAUCUACUGCAGAGUCUUCGACAGGGCGAUUGCUCCUAAAUGGUACCAUUUUGACGAUAAUCUAAUUUUUUGCUAUUUAUUAACCGAUAAUAUUUUGGAAAACACUAAGUGUGAGUUCCUCCGCUCGUUGACAGACUUACUCUCUCAUCGAGUUGUUUAAUCUAGUGUAGUACAACAAAGGCUAUAGGGAAUAUACAUACAAUUGUUAUUGUUGAGAUCUAUCUAUAAGAAUUUCUCACAUAACAUCCCUCAACUCGAAAGGUCUGGUCUACAUCCUACCUUAAAACC